CUUGACACCCAUGUGACACUUGACACCCAUGCCACACUUGACACCCAUGCCACACUUGACACCCAUGCCACACUUGACACCCAUGUGACACUUAACACCAAUGCGACACUUGACACCCAUGUGACACUUGACACCCAUGCCACAUUUGACACCCAUGCCACACUUGCCACCCAUGCAACACUUGCCACCAAUGCAACACCCAUGCAACACUUGUCACACAUGCAACACUUGACACCAAUGGAUGUAACAGGAAAUCAGAUCCGAGAAAUACACCCUGGAACUUUUAGUGUUUCUCUGCCACUUAUUUACUUUAACACCCAUGCGACACUUGACACCCAUGCUACACUUGACAUCCUUUUGACACUUGACACCCAUGCGACACUUAUUAACACCCAUGCAACACUUGCCACCCAUGCCACACUUGCCACCCAUGCAACACUUGACACCCAUGUGAAACUUGACACCCAUGCUACACUUGACCCAAAUGCGACACUUGACACCCAUGUGACACUUGAGACCCAUGCAACACUUGAGACCCAUGUGACACUUGAGACCCAUGCAACACUUGACACCUUAUGCAACAAUUGACACCCAUGUGACACUUGACACCCUGUGACAUUUGACACCCAUGUGACACUUGACACCCAUGUCACACUUGACACCCAUGUGACACUUGACACCCAUGCCACACUUGACACCCAUGCCACACUUGACACCCAUGCAACACCCAUGCAACACUUGACACCCAUGUGA